CUACCGCCCAUUGACUCAUCAAGGCAUACCAUCAUGGUUUUCCUCGGUAUCCUGGAGGACAAGCACCUCCAGCAUGUCCCGGCUACUGUUGUGCUCGCGGAAGAAGAGCGCGAAAGAACCGAAGCCACCGCAGGACUGAAACAUGGAACGGGGAAAAACGCGGACAUCAUUCUCAUUCCCCAACCAUCAGCCGACCCAAACGAUCCUCUCAAUUGGCCAUACGCGAAGAAACUCGUCAUCAUAUCCAUCAUCGCAUUCGGUUCCGUUCUAUAUGCCGCCGUGGUAGCUCCAUUGCUGUCUCCAGCUCUCGUAGUCAUCUCACAGGAGUUCGAAAAGCCUGUCGGUGAGAUCACUGUGAUCUCUGGAUACAUGCUCCUGGUGACUGCGGCCUCCGGUCCAUUUGCGUCGGCUUUCUCUAGGAAAUGGGGCAAGCGGCCUGUCCUCAUCGUUUCCAGCAUUUUCGGGUUGUUGGGUACUAUUAUUGGUAGCGCUACAACUAGCUACGAAGGGUUGACGGCUGGGCGUAUCAUCCAAGGCGGCUCCAUCUCUGCAUUCGAAUCGCUUGUCAUCUCUAUGAUCGGAGACUUGUUCUUCGUACAUGAACGUGGUGUUUUCAUGACACUUAUCCAGUUUAUCCUAGCAGCUGCUUCGAAUUUCUCUGCUAUUAUCGUAGGGGCUAUAACCACCAGCUUGGGGUGGCGGUAUCUGUUCCAUAUCCUGAAUAUUUUCGCUGCUCUCGAAGUGAUUUUACUCAUUCUCUUCGUACCGGAAACAACUUACAUACGGGAUCAUCGCUACGAUAUCGACGAAUUGGCUGAAGACAACCUAAAGGAUUUAUCGUCAGUCGAGAAGCGACACGCAAAUACGAAUGUUGGGGCGUCUGGCGAUGAUGGCGUAACCAAAGUCGAGACAACAACAUCGGUGGCUCCCGCAUUGCGACCCAAGAAGACAUUCGUGCAGGAACUAGCCUUUUACAAUGGUACAUUCUCGGAUGACAAUCUGUUCCAGCUUCUCAUCGCUCCUUUCGCGGUCUGCUUGAACGUAACUGUUCUCUGGUUCGUUAUCGUCACGGGCGUGCUAUCAGUGUUCUUCGUCGCCCAAAGCUACGCCAUGGCCCAAAUCUUCAGUGCACCUCCGUACUUGUUGACAGCAGCGGGCGUGGGCUAUCUCUCAAUCGGACCAUUUGUUGGAGGUCUUCUUGGAGCGUUCUUCAUGGGCGCCACCCUUGAUCCUCUGAUUAAAUGGUGCGCAAAGAAGAACAACGGUGUAUACGAGCCCGAAUUUCGUCUGCUGGGCAUGAUUCCCAGUAUUCUGACUGGAACCGGCCUUGUUUUGUUUGGCUACAUGUGCCAAAAUCAUUUUUCAGUCUACGCAACGGCCACUGCCCAUGGCAUGGACCUUUUCGGCAUUGUGUGCGCUACUGUUGCCUGUUCAGCAUACAUCAUCGACGCUUUCCGCGACAUGAGCUCCGAAAUCUUUAUUAGCAACAUGUUGCUAAAGAAUUUGCUGUUUUACGGAUUCAGUUAUUUCGUCAAUGAUUGGACUGCGAAGUCUGGACCGGGAAUCGUGUUCUACGUGUUCGCAGCCAUCGCAUUCGGCAUGACUUUGAGUACCAUUCCGUUCUUCUUCUGGGGUAAGAAAUAUCGCAGCUACUGGCAUAGGCACAAUUUGUUAGAGAAGUGGGGAAUUAGGACACACGCAGAGUUUUAG